UCCAAUGCAGUUGAUCACUUCUAUACUUUAUGUUUGUAAUGAUAUGCUUAACCCCCCUUGACCCCUCCCUUGACGUGCAUGCGUGUGCACAGUGGGGCGAGGGGGCAGCCGCGCACAUUGGCUCUGUACGAUGUGCGUUGCACCAUUCCCCGUUUCAUUGUGAGUGGUGGCCCUUGUGAUGCUGCAGCGAGGCGGGCAGGGGAGGGGUCGCUCCCAUCGAAUCCCCUUCUCACUGCUCGCGAGCUACUGGCGGGAAGGCACGAGGAACGAGAGGGAGGGAGGCAAGCAAGCGGGGUGCGCGUGUGUGCGCGUGUCUCUGUGCGUGCGCGUAGAUUGCACCACCGCAUCCACUUCAGCGUUUCUGCAGGCGGCCAUGCUCUGAUGGAGGGAAUAAAACCGACAACCGCGUCUUUGCUCUCCGAAUUAUCCAGCGCCGCGUCAUUCCAGAUGUGACUGACACGUCGUUUCACUCCUGUGCUGUUCAACGCAGAGAGGCUGUGACAUCAUGGCUUUGGUUAUGGAACCUAUAAGUAAAUGGACGCCGAAGCAAGUACUGGACUGGAUGAAAGGUCUCGAUGACUGUCUCCAGCAGUAUGUGAAGAGUUUUGAGCGUGAGCAGAUGGGUGGGGAGCAGCUUCUGCACAUCACCCAUCAAGAACUGGAGGAGUUGGGGGUCACCAGGAUAGGACAUCAGGAGCUCAUUCUGGAAGCUGUCGACCUACUCUGUGCCCUGAAUUACGGCCUGGAGACAGAAAACCUCCGGACUCUGUCCCACAAACUCAACGCUUCAGCAAAGAACCUCCAAAACUUCAUCCUGGGGCGACGGAGGGGAGGACAUUAUGAUGGAAGAGCUUCCCGGAGGCUACCCAAUGAUUUCCUUACCUCAGUGGUAGAUUUGAUUGGCGCAGCAAAAAACCUUCUUGCCUGGCUUGACAGGUCUCCGUUUGCUAGCGUGACAGAGUAUUCAUUACUGAAGAACAACAUUGUGCAGCUCUGCCUAGAAUUAACUACCAUUGUACAGCAGGAUUGCACUGUAUACGAGACUGAGAAUAAGAUUCUUCAUGUGUGUAAGACCUUAGCAGGGAUAUGCGACCACAUCAUCUCUCUGUCAUCCGACUCUCUGGUCUCUCAGUCUGCCCAUCUGGAGGUGGUCCACCUUACCAGCAUCAUGCCCAGUGAAGGCCUGGGGAUGUACAUUAAAUCAACAUAUGAUGGACUUCAUGUUAUUACCGGAACCACAGAGAAUUCUCCAGCAGACCAGUGCAAAAAGAUCCAUGCAGGCGAUGAAGUCAUCCAAGUCAACCAUCAGACGGUGGUGGGCUGGCAGUUGAAAAACUUGGUCAACGCCUUGAGGGAAGACCCAUGCGGAGUCAUCCUCACGCUGAAGAAAAGGCCACAGAACACCCUGAGUUCCACUCCGGCUCUGCUCAGGAAUGUACGCUGGAAACCACUGGGCUUGCAGCCGGUCCCCACCAGCCCUACCAGCACCUCACCGACACCCGGGGGCACUUUAGGCAUGUCCAAAAUGGAUGCCCAGGACGUCUACAUCCUUUCUCCCGUCUCCGGACUCUACAGCCCCAGGGAAGAGCUGGGUUUGAUUUCCUGUGAUGACAUCAGCCGGUACAGUGUUACCUCCCAAUCUGGCUCGAAAGGAUCCGAAGCUGUCAGCUACUACCUAGACCAGGACAGCGGUCAGUACUUCUCUCUUUUGGAGGGAGACGUACCCCCGGGCUCUGACUAUGACAGGGGCCGUAAUACGGGCGUCCGCAGGAGGGAUAAGACCCCCACACAUGGUGACCUCAGACCCGUUUCCAUGCCUCCCGAAUAUAACUGGAUGGCCGAGGCCAAGGAACCCAGCAUGGGCAAGAGAGGGAGCCGAGAUUCAGACAAUUCCCUGCUGCGUUAUCUCAGUGACGACAAGAUCCUGGUCAUUGAAGAGGAACCGGAAGGUCCAGGGAGAGAGAGUCGAAGGGACUCCACCAGACGUUCUCGACGCAAGAGCCGCAAUCCGAGCAGCCCGAGUUUCCCUAUCAGCCCAUCCAUGUUGUCGUCUACCUUGCGUUUAGACCAGCCACCUGAUGCUUUGCCACGAGGUGCAGACACACUACGAGCAGACACAACAGACAGGUACUCGGGCUCUGGAAGCUCAGGAGCAGCCUCGAUGAAGAAGUCCUUCCAUUACACCUCACUAAGAACGAAAACCAAAAAGAGAAGUAAAGGUUCCCUAACUAGUGCCAGUCGAAGGAGAAUCUCCUGUAAGGAUCUCGGCCACGGAGACUGUGAAGGCUGGUUGUGGAAGAAGAAGGACGCUAAAGGAUACUUUACACAGAAAUGGCGGAAGUACUGGUUCAUCCUGAAAGAGUCGUGCCUUUAUUGGUACACUAAUCAGAAUGAUGAGAAGGCUGAGGGCUUCAUCAGCCUCCCAGAGUUCAGAAUAGACAGAGCCAUAGAGUGCAGACGGAAAUUUGCCUUCAAAGCCUGUCAUCCCAAAAUCAAAAGCUUCUUCUUCGCCACAGAUUGUCUUGAGGAAAUGAAUAGGUGGAUGAACAGGCUUGGAUUGGCCGCUAUUGGCUACACACCUGAUGACAAAGUGCCACGCCCAGAUGAAGACUACUGGAGCGAGAGUGAUCAAGAUGAGGUUGACGGUUCCAUGACACUCAAACAGGAGGGGCCGUCGUCCCUCUGCGAUACUUACCACCGCACACCAUCAUCGAACCUCCUCCACACGUAUGACCAGUUGCCCCGUUCGGUCAGCUCCAUGAGUCUCAUGCGCUCCACUCCGUCCCCACUUCCUCUACCAAUGAGUGCCUCCACCUCCCCCGUCCCUCCACAGAUGGUCUCUUCCACCUCCCCUCUUCCUCUCCAGGUCAAUUCUUCUAGCCCCUUCCCAGAGCCAAAGCAUGGCCGGCAUUUUUCCAGCGAGUCCACGCACUCCCACUCUUCUGCUGAGGACCAGCGUGGGGAAGGACUGGGCAUGGGCACUGGAACGGGCAGCACCAGUACCCACUCCUCAGGUUGCCGUUCUUCCCACCGUGAACGCCGCUCCUGGCAGGACCUCAUUGAGACCCCGCUGACCAGCGCAGGGCUGCACUUCCUCCAGACAGCACCAGGAGAAAGCGAUUAUGGUGGCGUAAUGGGGGGCAUGCCCGGGGAGAUGGGGCUUUAUGGAGGACUGGGCAGACAGGGCAUGUCCCCAGAAAGACGCAGGCAGGCCACGCUUCCAGUACGACGACACCAUGCCGCAGAGAGAGAUAGGGAUCGAGAUGGACCUUUUCCUCUUGAGCGUGGGCCUUACACACACAGCUACACACACCGACGCUCCCAUAAGCAGCGUAGCCAGAGUUUGCCCAGGAAUAGGGACCCCUUUGGGGGCAAGUUGCUACACUCGUCAGCUCACAUGGAGGAGAGAAGUGAAGAUGAGGAGGGAGAGAGACAGGCUGCAGAUAUGCUGGAGGGUGACGAAGACUUGCGGGAGUUGAGAAUUGAAAGCAGAGAGCGGAGGGUCUCGGAGGGACGAGAGCGACGAGUGUCAGAUGGACGUGAACCUGAGCCGUUGGAUGGGCUUGAGCAGCUUUAUCGGGCCCUUGAGCAAGCCAACGUUACUGCGCUAGGAGACCCAAGACCCUGCAGUAAGCAGGAGCUUCGACGAGGUUUUACUCAGAGAGUCCGGGACCCGCUUCUGAACGACAGACUGCACCGGGUCCGAGCUCUCCGCAGCACUUUAAAGUGUAAUGUCUCCUCCAGGCCAAAGAGUCCGAGCUGGCGGUCAUCUGCGCCCUCCUGGAGGACCCAGGCCUGUGUUCCCAGACCUUCAGAGAGUGGAAGCAGUGGCACAGUGAGCUCUAUUCCGACAUCUGCCAGCUCAGCCCUGGCACCAACGGCCAGGACGACCUCUCCCCGUUAGGCGCUCCCGUCAUGACCCACACACACUCCUUUAUUGAGACUCAUGUGUGAGACACACACACACACACACACUCACAUAAACACACACUGUAAUAUGUGUAAAUAUAGAAGGAACAGUCUGAGAUAUGCGUGUAUGAUCUUUUGAUAACUCUGAGGACCCCUCAGGGUGCCUGUUGCAUGCCUGAACAGAAACCAUUAAUCUUCUUUUGUCUGUGGAGCUCAGCAUAAAGUCCACACGCCUGUCAAGAAGGAAAUGGGAGGAAAAGGAGACAUUUCGACAUUUGUAUACUCUUCUUUUUGCUAUUAUUCUGGUUGAUUUUAGGGGGAAGGGGCAGCUAUGUAGCAGCAAUACAGAGGAGAAUCCUUUUCACCACAGCACUGUACUUUUGUACUGACGAACUUUGCACCCAGAGCCACCGAUCCUCCCCCUUCUCUCUUUCUCUUUGGUUUCCUCACUGCAUAUCACGCUGAUUUACAGGGACCUCACUGUUAUCCCAAGCUGAUCUGACAGGACAGCGAGGGGAAAGUCAGCUCGGCGACUUUAUUCUAAUAUAAGACUGUGAAAGGUAGCCAUCAAAUGCUGGUUAAUCACUUUACCAAUGAACCAAUGAAAACCACCACAACAAGCAUUGAGAACCAUUUUUUCUACAUAUACACCCCAUUUUCAAACUGUGAAAAAGUUUGUCUAUACACGGAGGCUCUUCUGAUUGAGUGCAAACGUACAUUUUCUCUCCAUCUCCAUCUUCAUCUUCUCUUUCUAAGAUUGUGUAUAUGUGUAUACUGAUGUAAAUGUUUUCAUUCCACUACCACUGUGAUAUUUGUUUUGAGGUAGCGGAGGAAGACAGAGAGUACUGUAUGUUUUUGAGCGAGUGCAAAUUUUGUUUUGUUGUGAAUGCAAGGGUUGUUCUCAAAAGAGUCGUUCACCGCAAAGAAUGCACUUUCUACGUAUAUAUCGUCGUCUCAUCGCCACCAUCACAGGGUCUACGUCACACUGGCCUCUUUACCAUCGCUGUUCAAAUGAUCAGGUACAAGCAUUUGUCUCAUUUUCUAAAGAUUUGUGUACAGUGGACAAAUAUAUUUAAACAUAGAUAAAUAUAUAAAUCUAUUUACGUUUUGUGUCAUAGAUAUAAUGUAAAGUAGGAUGUAUUCUAUGCCAAGGUUUUGCAGUGUUCCCCUCUCCACUCCAUCGCUGACGAACUUGGAACAAACCCUGUCAUCUGCCUGAGUGACAUUCUUUUAGUGGUACGUGUGUAUUAAGGCUGAGCCGUAGACGUUCUCCUGAUGAUGUGGUGCAUGAGAAAAGGCCUGGGACGGAUUUGAUUGGACAGGGUAAAAAUACUGUGGGUCAUUUUAAUUUCUUUUCGCGAUUGCGGGAUUGAGUGCAUGAUACACACAGAAGCACCAUUGAGGAAUUACUUUUCAAACACUUAAAGGAAUUAUUUCCUUUUAUAUAUCUGUGUGUUAAGACAUGCAAAGUCGCACAAUUGAAUCAGAAUUUAAUUAUAAUUUUCGUUCACCGACAUUGAGACCCCAAGUUAGUUACUGUAUGGUUGAUACCGGGUAGUUUAAUCCAGUUUUGUGCAUCAUUGGCCAAGGACUCAAUCAAGGACAGACAUGUGUAGCACCUGCUGCAUCCAGCACUACCUGUACGUAUUCUUCACAUUCUACUGUAGUUCUUAUUUUUGUCAUCGUAUUACACGCUUUUGAAAUAUCAAACACAAACCAGAUAUAGUUCUGUUUUUGAAUUGUUUAUUUGAAAGUACCACAAAGAAACUAAACGAUGCAAGCACUUUCCCUGUGCCUCCCAACCCUCGCUUUGGCAACGAUGGAAUGACUUUACUGGAGUUCCUACACACACAGCUGGGAAUACAGUCUCGGACUGCACAGCGUUCAGCUCCACUGCUGAAUAGAUGGCAACUUGUUUCAGUUAACAGAAAGAUAGCUCUGAUUGGCAGUCACAGACUGUUAUCACUCCUCCUGUCUGUGCGUGUAGACCUGCAGAAACAGGCCUCUAAAUGGGAGAUUCCACUGUGUGUCCUUUCAGGGGUGUAUGCCUCAUGGUACAUUGCACAGGUGUGUAAGAUGUAAGUUGCACUGCGACAUAAAAAAGGAACAUAUUGCUCUUUUUCCAAGGACGAUAUUAGCUUACUGUUAUUCUGUACAAUAAACUGACUAAAGAUGAUAUUCAAAAAAGAAAGACAAGUACAUUUAUUCUUCCUAAAGUAGCCUUUUUUGGUUUCAUAUAUAUGAAUAUAUAUAUAUUACAAAAAAAUACAGAUUGUAAACUUAUGUUGUUAAACUUUGACUCCAAUAAACUGAAUCCUCUGCACUA